AGUCUCAGCCAAAAUGAGGGAAAACAAGAACAUGUCCGAGUCCCUGUCUCAAGCGGGAAAAGAAAUACCGGCCAAAAAACAGAAACUAAGCAGUGACGAGAACAGUAACCCCGACCUGUCCGGAGACGAGAAUGACGAUGCCGUCAGUGUGGAGAGUGGGACCAACGCGGAGCGUCCGGACACCCCCACAAACACAGCCAACGCCCCGGGCAGGAAGAGCUGGGGCAAGGGCAAGUGGAAGUCCAAGAAGUGCAGAUACUCGUUCAAAUGUGUCAACAGCCUGAGGGAGGACCACGGGCAGCCGCUGUUCGGGGUGCAGUUUAACUGGCACAGCAAGGAGGGAGACCCGCUGGUGUUCGCCACAGUCGGGAGCAACAGGGUAACUCUGUACGAGUGUCACUCUCAGGGAGAGAUCAGACUCCUGCAGUCCUACGUUGAUGCAGACGCAGAUGAGAACUUCUACACGUGCGCCUGGACCUACGACACCAGCACGAGUCACCCCCUGCUGGCCGUUGCCGGGUCCCGCGGCAUCAUCCGGGUCAUCAACCACAUCACCAUGCAGUGCAUCAAGCACUACGUGGGUCACGGGAACGCCAUCAAUGAGCUCAAGUUCCACCCGAGAGAUCCAAACCUCCUCCUGUCCGUCAGCAAAGAUCACGCUCUCCGCCUGUGGAACAUACAGACCGACACGCUGGUGGCCAUAUUUGGAGGCGUGGAAGGUCACCGAGAUGAAGUCCUGAGCGCCGAUUUCGAUCUGCUGGGUGAGAAGAUCAUGUCGUGUGGGAUGGACCACUCGCUGAAGCUCUGGAGGAUCAACUCAGAGAGGAUGCAGAAAGCCAUCCGGGGCUCGUACGAGUACAACCCGUCAAAGACCAACAGGCCUUUUGUCUCACAGAAAAUUCAUUUCCCCGACUUCUCGACGCGAGACAUCCACAGAAACUACGUGGACUGUGUGCGAUGGCUCGGGGAUCUUAUUCUUUCAAAGUCCUGUGAAAACGCCAUCGUCUGCUGGAAACCGGGAAAGAUGGAGGACGACAUCGAUCGCAUAAAGCCCAACGAGUCCAACGUGACCAUCCUGGGCCGCUUCGACUACAGCCAGUGUGACAUCUGGUACAUGCGCUUCUCCAUGGACUUCUGGCAGAAGAUGCUGGCUCUGGGGAACCAGGUGGGGAAACUCUACGUGUGGGACCUUGAAGUGGAAGACCCGCACAAAGCCAAGUGCACCACGCUGACGCUCCCCAAAUGCACGUCGGCCAUCCGGCAGACGAGCUUCAGCCGCGACAGCAGCAUCCUGAUCGCCGUGUGCGACGACGCCUCCAUCUGGCGCUGGGACCGACAGCGCUGACCGGCGUCCUCCUCCCCUCCUUCCUCCCUCCUUUCUCAACCUGCUGUCUUCUCCUACAGACACACUGCAAAAAAAAGAAAGCUGGUUGUGUUUUAUUUUCCCCAAAGUGUAUAUCCAACAAUACUGGAGCAAAUCCAGUGAAGACAAUAGAGAUUGUUUUAGAUAGUUUUCCUCAGUGUGCCUUCCUGUUUCCUAUGCAGCCUCCUUCACUGACGUUAACAAAGAGGAGAGGAAUAUUUGGAGUAAAAGCUGUUAUUUUUCAUGUGUGGGGAGAAAAAAAUAUGAUCAAAUUGAAUUUUUUGUUUUGUUUUGCAGUGUGCCACAUUUUAUAUUAAAAUAAAGUUUUUUCUGUGAGAUUUCCUGCAUUUAUUGUCAUAUCUUCUUCCCCCAAUGCCCCGUCUCCUCUUCACCUUCACUCCUCGGCUCUCGUUUCUCCCGCAGAGCGCCCUUCAUAAUCGCAGACAUUAUCCACUCAUGCCAAUAAAGUUGGGUUUUUUGUACAUAUCUGCCCAAAGGUCAGUUUGUGUAAUAAAAUAAUCACAGUAGUUUGAAUGUUAGCUGUAUUGUUUUAUUCUGUCCAGCUCCAAAACAGGAAGAGCUGAAAACUGGUGUUUUUAUUCCUUUUUUUUAAUUUUUGUUUUUAUUAAAACCCAAAUCAUUGUAGGAAGGAAAGUGAUCUUUUUGUCUGAAUAUACCGAGUUUAU